GUGUAAUAUUGAAUGUCCUUCCGAGGAACGAACAACUUCCUGAGACUAUGUUGCUGUGCAGUGGUCCCGCUGUGUGAUAUAGGGAGCCUGAGCUCGCUGUCCUUUUCUCAGAUCACAGUUUAGCCGAUAAAAUGUCUUCAUCUCCCUCGGAGCCGUCAGACAUUAAAAAUGAUGCACCUAAAGAGAAGGAUUAUCGGACCCCUGGAUUCAGAGGAAUAAAGACAACCAGUCUGUUCCGAGCUGUCAACCCUGAGCUUUUCAUCAAACCAAACAAACCAAUAAUGGCAUUUGGACUAUUUACAAUAACAAUGUGUGUUGCCUAUAUUGCCUAUUUACAUGCGACAGCGGAAAAUAAAAAGGACUUGUAUGAAGCAAUUGACAGUGAAGGAAACCGAUACACAAGAAGAAAGACCUCCAGAUGGGAUUGAACUGUCAGUGCUUUUUUCUGACUACUGAACCAAGCCCAAAUGACUGCCACAGAACAAAAA